AUGGAUGAAAAUGACAACUUCCCAGUUUUCCUCAAACCCUACGAUUUUAUUUCUAUUCAAUGGGCCCCAAAUCAGACUGUUUAUAAUUUGAGUGCAACAGACGCAGAUCAAAAUUGGAAUGGCCAAAUAUAUUAUCGGCUUACUGAAGAUACUGAUCUAUUUGUAAUUGAAGGGAGUAUUCUGCGGUCAACCUCGAUCGACCCGGGCGAAGAAACGCAAUUAAUAGAAAUUGAGGCUUACGAUGGGGGGAUUCCUCCGAAAUCUUCGACGAUGAUUCUUCAAAUUUCACCGACUUCGGACGAUUUUGAGUCCGGUCCAAAGAUAGCCAACACUUAUUUCUCUGUGGAAACAUGUUAUCAGCAGCAACAGGUUGUUGGAAAAUUGGAGGUCAAAAACCUAAAAUCAAAGUCGACGGAACUAGAGUUUAAAUUCGUCGAGAAAAACUCAAGAUUUGAAAUUGACAAAAAAUCUGGGUGGAUUUGGACGAAAAAUUUGCUCAAAUACUCUUCUUAUGAAUCAAUCGCAGUGAGAGUUAUUGUGAGAAUAAAAGAAAACGAGGAGAUUCAACUCAGAGAAGAAAUUAAAAUCAAUCUGAGCUACUGUAAGAAAAUCGCGCCAGAAAUCAAGACAAGCUCUUUAUCCGUCCAGAUUCAUUAUCAAUCUGAAAGAAGCUUUGUCGUUGGAAAAAUUGAAUAUUCGAAAGAGCCGAUUUCAACGCGUUUGGAAAUUCUGUGGGUCGAAAACGUUCGCUACUCGACGAACUCGUUUUGGAUCGCGAAUGGCAAUCUGCUCAUGGGAAAACGCUUCGAUGGCGAAAAUCGAAAACUCGAAAGUACUCGAAAAGUUCUGCUGCGCGCGUGUUUAUGGGAGUCCCUUACGGUCUGUUCCCUUCGAAACAUUACAGUAAGCAUCAGUGAUCAGCGACUUGGCGCGAGUUUUAUUCAUCCAUCAGUGAUUCCCGUUGAAAAGGGAAGGAAUAAAUUUACAUUGAAAUCAUUCGACGGUGAGGGGCGAAAUAGUGGAAAGAAAAUCGACUUAGACUCAUUCAGCAAAAGAUACUCUUUGUCCUCCUUUGGCAGAUUCUCCUUUACCGGCGAGUUGAAGAAUACCGAAGAAGUGUUUCUCAGUGUGGGAUCAUCUCCUGCGAAAUUGACGCUGAUUCCAGUCGGAGAAAAAGUCGCUGGAAAUUGUCAAAUCGUGCCGGAAAUGAUUACAAUAUUCACGGAUUCCGAAGACGUCCCAUUCGCGGAAAUCAACACGAAUUUGACGACUUUGUUUCUCGCGAAUUUCAGGAACUUCGACUCUGACUCUCCUCAACAACCAUUUUUGAAAGUGAAGAAUCGACGAAUUUUCCCAGAAAUGUCAGAAAACGUCAAGCCCGGAACAUUUCUUCUUUCUUUGCGACGGGAUCGAAGAUGUCCAGGAGCGCGAUAUUCGACGGCGACGGAUAUUAUCGAAAUUGAUGCAAAUUUGGGGCAUGUUUCAUUGAGACAGAGGCUCGAUUUUGAAACGCAGAAGCAAUUUAGGCUUUCUUUAUUUUACCGCUGUGGGGAAUUCUCGGCUUCUUCGGUGCUUGAAAUUGAAGUCGUCGACAUCAACGAUGAGGCACCUGCAUUCAUCACGGCUGAAAACUUCAUAUUCAUCGUCCAGGAAGACUACAGGGGCGUUAUUGGAAGAGUUGAAGCUUUUGAUAGAGACUCGGAAUUUCAAUUCACUGUUCCAGAAAAUGAUUUCAUCAUGAUCGAGAAGUCAACUGGUAUUAUAUCGACGAACAAGGGAGCAAAGUUUUCUUCGAAAAUGGGUCUCUUUGGAUUCAAGUGCUAUCUCGACGACGGAGGUUCGAAAUCAGAGCGGAUAUUCUUCUUGAAAAUAACUCCAACAGCUGCGAAUUCUUCGAAAUUUUCGACAACGAAGAUUUCGAAUUUUAAAGAUUCUUCCUUGCUCGGCAUCCACAGCAUUUCUGGACGACGGCAUUUCAUCAAAUCUUCCUCACCAGCUCGGCUUUCCUCUUUUCUCGAGUACACUCCACUUUUCGGCAUUCUGAGGAGAAAAGAUUCACCAAUCUUUCAGACUUCUCUAACAGGAAACAUAACACUCGCAGCAAUCGAUGAGAAAACUGAAACAAUCACCGAAAAAGUCCUUUCAAUUAGCCUGAUCGACGAGCAAUCGCCACGACUUAUUCCGCCACCUCCACCAAGAUUGUCGAAACAAGCACCAAAGAAAGACGAAAUUUCUGAGCAACUUUAUCGCGAAUUUAAUGUGAGCGAAUCAGUAGAAGUCGGGGAGAUGAUUGCUAGUCUGAGCUUCACAGAAGGAUCUCAUUUUGAAAACAUUAACUCAGAAGUUUUCUCUAUCAAUUCUAUAGGGGAGAUCAUCGUUAGAAAAAGACUGGACUGUGAGACAACGAAGACAAUACCGGCCGAUUUCAGCGAAAGAAAUCUGAAGUACCCAAGCUGGUCAAGGACGAUCAAAGUCACUUUCAACAUUCUCGACGUCAACGACGAAGCGCCUUACAUUUCCAACGCUCCUGAAUCCAUCAGCAUCAGCGCUUCCCAAGUCGGCCAAAUCAUCGCCGUUCUCGAUCUCAAAGAUGACGACACUCCCGAUCCGUUCUUUUUGAGUUCUAUUUUCUCGACGCCCUUCGAUCUUUCUGACUGCUUUUCGAUUAACAACUUUGGCGAACUAACUCUUCUCAAGUAUCCAGAAGACAUAACUACAGGCGAAAUAAGAGUGGUUGCUUCCGAUAAUGCCAAAGAAACUAUCACUCCAAUUCGAAUAAAUGUGGAGAAGAAGCUCUCCAAAUUUAGUGGCUUUACUGCAAGAAGCUGUGAGACCCCGGAAUACUCUGAAAAAGUGGCCGAAAACGCUAAAAUCGGCGAUAAAAUCUUAAAUUUACGAAAGAAAUUUAGGAUAAUUCACGAAAAUGACAGCGAUCGAGCCUAUUUUCGCGUUUCUCGCGGAUUGUUAUUUUUGAAAAAAGAACUGGACUUUGAGAAGAUCGAAACUAUUUUCAUCCUUCUCGAGAUGACCAGAGAAAAGUGCCAAGCAGUCUUGACAAUAUUGGUAGAAGAUAUAAAUGACGAAGCACCGAGAUUUCUAACAAAAUUUGUUUUCAACGCGACGAAAGAAAUUGGAAAGUUUAUCGGCAAAAUCAGAGCAUAUGACGCAGACAAAAAUGAUAUUCUCUCUUAUUCGUCGGAUAACCAGUUUGUGAAAGUUAACGAAGUCGGCGAAAUCGAACUGAAAAAGGUUCCGAAAGAGGACAGCAUCGUCAUUUCUGUUGCGGCAUCUGAUGGGUUGCACAAAACGCAGACAGAUGUCAUCAUUUCCUUCAAAGAUUCGGCUGAAAAGAUGGCAGAACUAAUCACGAGUUGGACAGGGCUCAACGAGACCGAUCUCUACACAUUUACGUCUGCGUCUGAUUUAUUCACUGAUCAUGAUCAUGGAUGUCCAUUAUUCUACAUAAAGAGCAAUGUCCUCAAGUUCAACGAUAAUUACGAGCGCACUCCUGGAACAUUCAACUUAUCAAUCAUCAACACUGAAACCAGCGAAAAUUCGACUUUAUCGUUGACGCUUUGUAAAAGAGGAGACCCGAUUAUCAGCUACAAACUUUCGUUCUCCUCCACACCCGUGAAGCUGUAUUCCUUUGGUUCCUGCAGCUCCAGCUCUUGGAUUGCCUCGCUUCCUGAGUUUUUGGAAUUGAACGGGGAAAAUCUCUUUCUUAAUAUUUCUGAUCAAAUUCAAUUUCAAAAGUCCAUUGGCAAAGAAAUCUCGGUCGAUUUUGCUUGUUUGGUGUCAUCGACAAUAAGAACGAUAAAAUUUGAAAUCACAGCUGGCUACUUUCCGAAAAUGGACUUUGAGAAGGAGCGAUACGUCUUUCAAGGAACAACCGGACGCGUCAACCUUCUUCCGACGAAAUUUCAAAGCUAUUUCUCGACGAAAAGCGAUUCCAUUGAAAUCAACAAAGACGGAAGUAUCAACCUCAAAACUUACGGAAAUGCAUCGAAAAUAUCCGUCAGAAUAGAUGCUGUCAGCUUUACUUAUCCGACAGUCACGGCAAGUACGAUCGUCACUUUCAAUAAAAUCUCAGAGCCAAGAAAAAUUAUUGAAUGCUUCGAUUUUUGCCCCGCUGAUGAUCGGGUCAUCCUCAAAGCAGAUUCGAAACUAGAAAGGAAUAAAACUGGACAAAUUGUGCCGAAGAAAGCUUCGUCUUCUGAAGCACUGAUUAUUGAGAAGGGAUUAUAUGGCGAUGGGAAAUCUUCGAUCCUUGCAAUAGGAAUCUCUUCGCAAUCAGCAGUAAACUUGAAGCCGUCUGAACAAAAAUUGGUUCUGACAAGAGACUCGAAGUUUAUCGAGCUUGCAGAUGGAACAGUUCGCUUGAUAGAUCCCUCCAUCCAGACCACGAUUGAAGCUUUUAUUUUCGAAAACAAGGAGCCGAUAAUAAUAGACUCUAUUCUGCUCCUUCCUUCUUGUGGAUCAACCUGCUCGCAGAGGGAAGAAGAAACCUUUGAGCUCAAAUGUAAAACGACUGAUUUGGACAUUAUUUCCUCCGACAACUGCAGCAUCAAGAAACCAGAACGGUCAAAGUCUUUGAAAUAUCCAUUGGAGCUUCUUGGUGGCGCUGUUGGAAUAAGUUAUGAUUAUAAACGGAUCAGAAGAGUGGAUUACGAGAUUGACAUGUAUGAUGAUGUAGAAAGAGUGAUAUUUAGCUCUUUUUCUUCAGAUGGAAAGUUCAGAAUUGCCAUUUCUUUGGACAAAUGCGGCUUCAAAAUCUAUCAAAACACUGGGGCGCAAUUCAAGUCUUCUGGCUGCGAAUCUAUGAAGCUCAAGAAUUUCGCGAUCUCUUUUAAUGACCGGAUAUCUAUUCAAUCUGGCGGGAAAACGGUUCUAAAAGGACCUCCUGAGCAACCCUUCCAGAUGAUUUUCGGUGGAGGUGUUUAUGGACCAAUAAAUAUUGGAGGAAAGCUGAUUCAGCCGUUUUUCGGGAAAAUAAAUAACUUGGAAAUAUUUCCUGAAAACAGCAUUGACUUCGUCGACAUUGAUGAUGUUCUAAGGUCAAUUAAUUCCGAUAUUUCCAACACAGAAGAGUGCAAAAAUGAUCUCUCUUUUGAGCGAUUUUUCUGCUCAAAAUCAUCAGAUAAGAAUUUUAGCUCUGCUGGAUUCUUAGGAAAGCCAAUGGAGAAGAAAUCAAACUCCCUAGCAACACUGCCCCAGCCAAUGACCCCGAUGGCAAAUCAACAAAUCACUCAAGAAACGCCGAUCAUGAACGAUGCGAGUUCCAACGCUAAUCUUUCUGUCAGCAAUCGGCACGAGUACUUGAGCGCCGUUUCUUUCAAUUCUCUUCGCCGACCUCCAAAUAUCAUUACCUCGCCGGGAGAUAUGGAGCGCGAACUUGUUCUUUGA